CAAUCCCAUCAGGCCAGGAAUAAUUCUGGACAGCUUCUCACUCUGUGCUAUGGAGGAAUCCAGUUUUAUUCAAGCUGCAACAGAGAGUACAGCAGAAACUUACAAUGUUCCACUUUCCGCUUCAGAUGAGGAAAGCAGAAGUGUAGAUGGAGUGUUUCACAGAGAGCUGGAUGACAGAGUUCGGCCCUACAUUGACCUGAUUGACUCUCUGAGAAUGAUUGGCGUGGAGAAGGACCUGGCGCUGCCGGCCAUUGCCGUGAUUGGAGACCAGAGCUCUGGGAAGAGCUCUGUGCUGGAGGCUCUGUCUGGGGUGGCUUUGCCACGGGGGAGUGGCAUUGUGACCCGAUGUCCUUUGGAGCUGAAAUUAAAAAAGAUAAAAAAAGGAAGAAAAUGGACUGCAACCAUUUAUUAUAGAGAGAAAAAAGAGAACUUCACCAAUCCAAUGCUGGUUGAAAAGCAUGUGAGACAAGCUCAAGAUGAGCUGGCAGGAGAAGGUGUGGGAAUCAGUGAUGAAUUGAUUAGUCUAGAGAUCAUGUCCCCUGACGUGUGUGACCUCACCUUGAUCGAUCUACCUGGGAUUGCUAGAGUACCUGUGGGAGAUCAGCCUGAGGACAUUGCUGACCAGAUUAAAAAUUUAAUACUGAAAUUUAUCCAGAAGACCGAAACCAUUAACUUGGUUGUUGUCCCAUGCAAUGUUGACAUAGCAACAACAGAAGCACUGAAAAUGGCAAAAUCUGUGGAUCCUCAUGGAAUAAGAACUUUGGCAAUACUAACAAAGCCAGACUUGAUAGACAAAGGAGCUGAGAUGGACAUUUUAAAAAUUGUCAAAGGUAAUGUGAUUCCUCUCAGAAAGGGCUACAUCAUUGUAAAAUGUCGUGGACAGAGCGAUAUCAAUCAAAACAUUCCUCUUGAGGAAGCCACGUUGGUGGAACUGAAUUUCUUCCAGCAGCAUACAUACUUCAGGGAUCUUCUGAAUGAGCAGAAAGCAACAACCAGAUGUCUUGCAACUAAACUGACCAAAGACUUGGUGGGACACAUAAAAAAUUCAUUACCACAGUUAGCUGAACAAAUUCAGAGUCAGCUUUUAACCAUAAAAACAGAGCUAAGGCAGUACGAUGAAGGUCCUCCAGGGGAUCCCAAACUGAUAGGAAGCUAUCUGACAAAAAUUCUGAUGACCUUCAAUGACAGGAUCAAUGAACUUUGUGCACGCGGAGAUUCGAAACAGAAUCUGUACCCUCGCCUACGGCCCAUGUUUCGAGAAUGGUUUGAGUAUUUGGACAACACAAAAGAAGCCUUUCAGCUGAAGAUGAAGGAAGUAACUGAUCAAUAUGAUGAAAACCUCCGUGGAAGGGAACUGCCUACAUUCAGUGACUACAGUGUGUUUGAAAGAGUGGUUCGAGAACAUGUUACUGAGCUCAGACAACCAGCAACAGAUGUACUGAAGGUUAUACAAGAAAUUGUGCAAGGGGAGUUCAAUAGCGUGGCCGAAACUUGUUUCAGACAGUAUCCUUUCCUGAAACAAAUUGCACUGAGCAAGAUUGAUGACAUCCACUCAAAGCUAGAAGCCAAAGUGGAGAAGCGGAUCAGAGAAUACAUUGAUAUGGAGAAACUGGUGUAUAUUCAGGACCUCACUUUCAUUAAAGAACUGAGUAAAAACAGUGAGAGGUUUCGGGAUGUCACAGAGGAAAACUGUUUUGUUUAUGAUGUCAGAGAACUGACACCGGAAAAGAUGAUGGCUUAUUACGAGGUCGUCUUCCAGCGCCUCGCCGACCACAUCCCUAUGUUGACUCUACAUUUUAUCCUGAAAGAGUCAGCCAGCCAGCUGUGCAUGCAGAUGAUGGACAUGAGAGCCGGGUGCAAUGUGAGUGAGAUGCUAAGGGAGGACUCGGAAGCCAGCUGCAGGAGGAAUGAGUUACAACAGCGCUACAGGAGACUCAGACUUGCCCAGGAGAAGCUCCUCAACUUCUAAAUGCACAACUCAUACAACUGCAAAUGUUCAGGAAUGUAAUGGAUGCCAUAUUGCAUGUGUUGCAUAGACAUACACCGAGACAUAGAGAAAAGAGUGGAAACUAAAAACAACGUCUGAAUAUCAAGUGACCAAUAAACAGUGCUACUUUCAGCCUUCAGAACAGCUUUAGUUAUUCUUGUGGUGCUAUCUCACUCUUCUCUCGAUUGUGUGUAGUGGUAUUCCAGACCAUUACUUCAGAAGAUCCUCCAGUGCUUUGAUUGAUAACGUAGCUAGAUAACUAUUCUGCACUUUGUGCUUGAGACGUGCCCAUAAAAGUUGAGGUUUUUUUCAUUCUCAUCAGUGUGUUCUUCGUUAUUUUUACUGAAGUUACACAGGAAAGGGCAAAAAAUA